AGCAAGCAAAGCCACACACAAAGCUGCACUGUAUGGAACUCACACACAUGUAAGAAACUCCCAUUAUAUUCAUUAUCUGCUCUUCUUCAUCGUACGGCCGCUCCUGGACACAUCUGUAUAUGGAAUCUCCCCUCAAUUGUUUCACGAGCAUUUAUGCAGGACCAUUCAAAACUGAAAACACAGAGAUUUAAGGAUCUUGAAGGUGAUGUAAAAUGGAAGAUGCUUUUUUGGAACUGUAUCAAGAAUUUAGGAAGUUGCAAAUCAUAUGCGCAAAACAGGCAGAACUACUUCAAAAGCUGCUGUCAAAAAAAGGUCACUCUAAUGAAAUGCCUGUUUCAAAACCAAUCCAAUGCACUGACGCAGGGGACAAUGUAUGCUCUGAAAGUCCAUUCUUCAAGUUGAAAUGUGAAGAAACCCAGUGUGCUGAAGCUUCUAAGACAAAUGCUGAAGAUUUGACAGUGUCUUUAGAACCAAAAGAAAAUUACAGUCUGCUAUUGAACACGGAUGUUUGGCUCCCACCAUGUGAGGACCAAUAUAAUUUCCUGGCCAGUGUGGCUGAUAAAGAAGAGGCUGUUGGUAGUAUGGCGUGUGCAGACCUCACCUCAGAUAAAAGAGGAACACAUUCUAACUAUGCUUUGUUUAUCAAAAACUGUCCUAAAUUUUUGGAUAUGGACAACGAUGGGGUUAAAAUAGACCCUGCAAAAUUAUAUCUCGACUUCAUGACUGAUAAAGAUCAUAAUUUUAGUUUAUCGAACAUGUAUGAAGAUGACAUAAGCUUUCUACAGUCAACAGACAUUUCUCUUAAACAUCUUUUGGAACCACAUGAAAAUUCUAAUGGAAUCAGAGGACCAGCCAAGUCUUCAUGGAGUCCAGUCUGUUUGUCAGAAGAUUGUCAAUUUGGCCCACGUGUUGAUGCCAUCUCAGAUGUUAGACUGAGUUCUCAGAUAUGUGAGUUUUGCCAUGCAGUAUUUCCAGCAGGAGCAGCGACUGAAGGAGAAUUUCUUGGACAUCUUACUGGACACAUGGAAUAAGCAUCAUCCCCAGGUCAUUCAACAAGAGAAAGCAACUGUCCUGAAUUUGGCAUAUCAUAAAGCAGAAAUACACUCAAUCAUCGAAAAUCUAUAUUGUGAUUUGCACCUUCAUGUAACUUUCAGUUCUUGUUUUGUACCAUCCUAUAAUUUUAAUAAACAUUAUUUAGGCUCAUUUUUUAGUUAUCUUCUUUAAAGUUGACCAGUCAGCAGCUGAACAUUUGUAAAAAAAAAUAAGUCCAUAACUAGAUGAC